UGUCGACGGUCGAGAUAGUACCGGGUCGCGGUCUGUUUUUCCCCGCAUAUAUAAUCUACUAACAAGCAGUUCGACUUGUGUCUCGCAGUGCUCACCGCUGAUAAACGAAUUUUUUUCACCCUGUUCCGUUUGAUGGAUCACCCCGUCUCCUGCCAACUACUACUACUACAAGGCACGACUCUCCUAGAAUAUUUACUGAUUUUCUCUUUCUCGCGAGUCGGUGUUGAGAAUGGUGAUACUCCUUCCCAGACGAACUGAAUCAAAAAUUAAUCUGAAUGUGAACUUAUCCACAUCUCCAUGUGAAAGGUAAUAAAAGCGGUGUUUUUAAAGUGGUGCUGCGUGGAGUGGUAGGCGUUCGAGAAACUGCGAAAUGAUAUUUGUGAAAAGAGAGUUAUGGCAAACAUGAACUGUUGCCAGUUGGCGAACUGAAAUUUGGGAAAAAAAAAAAAAAAAAAAUGGGAUUUCUAUAAAUUAGAAUUGUGGCCAAUGGGCAAACAGCAUUAUUGAGAGAAAUGGAGUUAUAAUUUUGAACUGUUGAUCACAAAGUCGAAUUUUUUUUAAAUCAAAAAUAUAGUUGUUUUCGCUUGUUAAAAAUAAACAGCAUGAAUUGUGUGAUAAAGAACUGAAACCGCGAAAAAAAAGAUUUAAGCAGAGAAUUUUGGAUAAUAAGAAUUUCAGGAAUCUUGAAAAGGAAAAGGGGGAAUUGACAAAUACUGCAGGUGUGGUCGGAUUGGAUGUUUUCCCCCUUUGGUUCGUCCCCCUUUCUGCCAUUCGCUCCUCCCAUGGAACCCCCUACCGUUGUCAUUCUUUGACAGACACGUGAUCGGAUUGGAUAACAGUAAACUACACAGUUGUGAAAGUGUCAGUGUGUGCUGCAAUCCUUCGCUGAAAGCAGCUUCACGUUCUCUUUGCUUUGCAUCGUAAGUAGUCUUACUACAUACUUAGAAAUGCAUAGUGAUACUGUGCCUUUUCAUACAGUUUACAAACUUAUAGUGCAAAUAUCUUGUACGUUGCUGCUCAUAUGAAGAAACUUUGCAUUUUAAUCAUACCUUUGGAUACAACUCCGUUAGUACGUUUUGGAGAUUAGAUCCUCGCAUGUUGAUAACUGUGAUUUACAUCAAGUGAAAAACUGCGACAAAUGCGCAAAAAUAACAAAUUAUUAAAAAUGAUUCAUGAUUUAAGGUGCUAUUUUCCGUCUAAUUGUCAGCAAUGAAACCUACGAGCAGAGUCGUUUUGCCAAUCACAAUGGACUUCAGACAUCCGAGAAUGGAUCCCAAGCUCGCCGUGCCUGUUUCCUUCGUAGCUGGUAUUCUGAUAGGCAUACCCAUUACGUAUUGUCUCUUGUUUCUCCCUAUCCUCUCCCAGGAAAAGGAAUGCUAUGUUGCUAGAACGAAUCACGAAUUUGGGCCUUUAGUUAUUCAAAGAAGCCGUUUUAAUGUAUCCUUACAAAGCGAUAUCGCCGCGGCCACCGAUGAUGGAGAAGGACACGUGCGAAUCUCCGUCAUGCCUGUGCCUGUUCCCCGGGGCGAUCCGGCCAGGACUCGUUCUGCCUUCUCCCUUUUGGGACUCCCUGCCGCGUUCAAACCGUCCAGGACGAAGCAGCGUGAAAAUGCCGAUGUGGUGUUUUUGAAUAAUGGAGCUGAUGAUCUCGAAGAAGCAAAUCCAGAAAGUGUAUUGCUAAAGUUGUCAUCAAACAGCACUUUUAUUUCAGAGAUGAAUUCCACAAGGCAUUCAUUCCAAAUCGGUGACUUAGUUGAUGGUGUGUUUUGGACAUCUUUCGCGGAAAAAUUAGUGCCGAAGGGUUUCGACGAUGAAGACAUCACACGGUGGAGAAAAUUCCUAAAUCACACCCAAGUCUUAAAAUUGGAAGAAGGUUGUGGUCGCAUGCAAAACAGACUAAUCAUCUUGGAAGACGGAGGCAAAUCUUGCUGCCGAUACAGGCAUAACAAUGAUCAGAUUCAAGGAGAGAUCUUCUCGUUUUACCUAGGCAAGCUUUUGGGUCUCCAGAACUUAUCACCCUCUUCUUUGGCUCUAGUGGACCCAAAACAGAAGAAGUGGUCUAUUGCUGCUUCGCAAGUGGCUCUUGCUCAGUGGAGUUCGGAGAGACCAGUGGUGUUGACACAGUUCGUAGAGAGGCUGCAACCCGCUUUCAUCCCCAGACACUUCCGCGUCGAUAUGAAGCGUCGCUUGCAUCCCAUACCUGAAGACAUCUCUGGUUUGUCGGCUCAGGAAAUUGCCGAACUCGUCCAGUGGUCAGACCUAAUUGUAUUUGAUUACUUGACUGCCAACUUGGACAGAGUGGUCAAUAACUUGUACAAUGAGCGAUGGAACUCAGACAUGAUGAAGCAGCCCACUCACAAUCUAGCUAAAACCCCCGAAGGACUUCUGCUCUUCCUGGACAAUGAAUCGGGUUUAUUGCACGGAUAUAGACUUCUGGAGAAGUACGAAAAUUUCCAUAGAGCCCUGUUGGAUGGACUGUGUAUUUUCAGGAAGCACACAGUCGAUAUUGUGGGUAAACUGCAUCGUGAUAACAACGUCGAAGUUGCUCUGAAGCAAGCUUUCAUGAGCAGUGAUCCAGGUAUGUUGGACUGGCUACCGUUUUUGCCAGAAAAAAGUGUGAAAACUCUAAAAGACAGAAUAGCUCACGUUCAACAGCACGUUAGGACUUGCAAAUCAAGGUUCUCUUCAUCAGCUGUGUUUUUCCAGACCCCGGUCACUGAUCGGUAGCUCUGUGUUGGACAUAGUAAGUGUAUUUCAAAUUUCUGUUCCUUGAAACAAAACUGUGGUAACCCAUGCAUGCAAUUCUAAUUUAUUAUAUUGUUAAGACAGGCUUUAAAUAAACGGGAAUGUAAGUUCUUACAAACUUCUUCGGAAGUUUGUGAAAUUUUAAGCUGUGUACAUUUACACCCAAUUCUAUUUUUAUAUAAAAUAUUAUUUAUAUUUAAAAAGCAUCCUCCCCAAAAAAUGGAAAGAUUUAAAAUCAGCUUAUUUUAAAAAAUUAUAUACAUAUGAAUAUAUAUGUUAAUUAUACCCACAUAAACAGAGAGUAAAAAUAUAUACACAUAUAAGAUAGUAUGCUAGUGUUACUGUUAACUACUUAUGUACUAAAAGUCACAUGCACUUUAAUAAAUAUUGUAUACUAUUACUGAUACAGUAAUUAUGCACUGAAUAUUUUUUCUACUGCUAUAAUAGUAGCUGUUGCUUUGUUAUUAUU